UUAAAAACAGAGCAAAUUCACAACAGAGUUAACCAACAACAAGAAAAAAAAUGUCUCUAAUUCCGAGCAUCUUUGGAGGUCGACGAACAAACGCCUUUGAUCCAUUCUCGUUAGACGUAUGGGAUCCGUUCCAAGGAUUCUUGACACCAUCGGCUUUAGCAAACGCACCAGCCAAGGACGUUGCAGCGUUCACAAACGCUAAAGUGGACUGGAGAGAGACACCUGAGGCGCACGUGUUCAAGGCGGACUUGCCGGGGCUUAAGAAGGAAGAGGUGAAAGUGGAGGUUGAAGAUGGGAACAUACUUCAGAUAAGUGGAGAGAGGAGCAGUGAGAAUGAAGAGAAGAGUGACAAGUGGCACCGUGUGGAGAGGUCGAGUGGGAAGUUUAUGAGGAGGUUUAGGUUGCCGGAGAAUGCAAAGAUGGAGGAAGUGAAGGCGAGUAUGGAGAACGGUGUGUUGUCCGUUACGGUGCCAAAAGUGCCUGAGAAGAAGCCUGAGGUUAAGUCCAUUGAUAUCUCCGGUUAAGUGGAACUUUCAAGUUUGGAAAUUGAAGACUAAAGAUGUGUUGUGGACUUGUGGAGUUGUGGUGUGAAAUUAAAUUAAUAAUGUGGUCUUUCUUUUUUCAUGUAAUAUUAUGUUUAUCUUAAUAAGAGUGUUUUGAAAUAUAAUUAUCCCCACUGGUCAUUAAUAUAAGUUAAUCUUAAUAAAUUUCUAUGA